CGUCAUCGCUCGGCUACAUCCCUCCACUUUUUCCUCGGGCUCAGCUGUUGAUGCCGCGGCCCCAGCUGCUCUCCCUCACCCCUGCCACCACCACGUCUUUCCUGUCUCUCUGACCGGACAGACUGGGAGUGAAACCGUCGCCGUCGGUCUUAACGACAACCAAGAAAAAAAAAAAAAAAGCCUAGCAGUUACAUAAUCAGAUUGCAAGGCUUUAGUGGAGUUCCAUCAUCCAUGAACUUCUCUACGAGGAUACCAGAAACAUCCAUCAAUGGAUCCUCACCCUCAGAUCUAACAGAGGAGGACUUGGACAGUCUACGGUUUGAACUCGCAAAGACGGAGGAUGAAAUUCAGACCUUGCGGCAGGUGCUUUUGGCCAAAGAAAAAUAUGCAGCAGACAUCAGGAGGCAGCUGGGUAUGAGUCCUCUCAGUAACAUCAAACAGAACCUGUCCAAAGGCUGGCAAGAAGUCCAAACCUCAGCCCCAUAUCUCACAGCCUCUGCCACUUUGGAGGACAUCAGCCACUCCAGUGUAUAUAUGAGGACACGGGAGAGUUUCUCUCAUGCAGGCCAGGUGACGUCUUCCGCGCUGUCCAAUUUGGGCGUGGCCAUCACCAGGAGACUCGCAGAGAUGAGAGCGCUGCCUCUUCCAAGCCCACCACGCACCCUGAGCCACACUAUAAGUGUGCCGACUAUGAGACACUCUUCUACUUUCAAGUCUUUUGAGGAAGUGGUCGGCAACGUGAAGGACAAGGUCACUGGCAGUCUGACAAACAAUGGAGAUACAUCUGGGUUUGAAAGAAGAUCCUCACGCCACAGCACAUGAGAUAACAUACCACGAUGAAUUAUUUUUCAUACCAUGUAAAGUUAUGAAAGAAUGUUAUUUUACUCCCUUGUCUGUGUGAAUUUGUCCACUGUUAUUUCUGACUGUAAAUUGAUACAGAAUGACCCAUAGAAUGUAUUAAAUUUGUACUGUAAUGUAUUGUAUUCUAACCUCAAAUAUCAAAACA